AAACGGAUAGAAGUUUCAUAACCCAUUCCUAUCCUGCCUCAGUUUAACCCAGGUCAAUUCGUUUUCCCUAUCCAAGUUGCUAUCCAAAGUUCCAAACACCACCUAGGUGUGUGAAGCGUGGCAUCAUUUUCUCAAUUUAUUAAUGACGCGUCAACGGAACGAGGGGCGUAUGUGAAGCACAACCCCCAGUCUGCCUGUCUGCCUCAUCGGUCCAUUUUUUUGUUCCCCUGUUUGUCGUGUGUCGCUUCUUUGCUUGCGAUUGGAAGCCUUCUCGUUUCUCCGGCCUGUGUGGCUUGUCCUGUCUCCAAAUCUGCAUUCCUGAACAAAAAAAAAAAAAUCUCCUGUAAUCCUCCGACCCAUGGCCAUGGGCAAGCUCGGGGAGAAGGUGAGGGCGUUCUGGAGGAACCGAUGGCUGGUGUUCGUGGGCGCCAUGUGGAUGCAGUCCAUGGCCGGGACGACGUACAUCUUCGGCGCCAUCUCGCCGGUGGUCAAGGCCAGGCUGGGCUACGACCAGCGGCAGGUAGCGGCGCUGGGCGUCGCCAAGAACCUCGGGGGCUGCCUCGGCCUCCUCGCCGGCACGCUCUCGGCGACGUGGCCGCCGUGGGCGCUGCUCGCCAUCGGCGCCGCGCAGAACUUCGCCGGCUACGGAUGGCUCUGGCUCGUCGUCGACGGGAAGGCGCCGGCACUGCCCCUCUGGCUGAUGUGUGUUGUUAUCUUUAUUGGAACAAAUGGCCAGACGUAUAUGAUCACGGCUUCACUCGUUACAAGCAUCCAGAAUUUCCCCAAGAGCAGGGGCCCAACAGUGGGUAUCCUCAAGGGAUUUAUGGGCCUAACAAGCGCCAUUCUGACACAAGUUUAUACAGUAUUGAACACACCAGACCAUGCUGCGCUUAUAUUCAUGGUUGCUGUUGGUCCAUCGCUGGUUGCCGUUGGCUUGAUGUUUGUUAUUAGGCCUGUUGGAGGUCACAGGCAGGUACGGCCAUCUGACAAGAACAGCUUCAUGUUCAUCUACACCGUAUGCUUGCUCAUCGCCUCAUACCUUGUCGGUGCCAUGCUUGUUCAAGAUUUCCUGCAACCGAGCUAUGAUGUGAUUGUUUUUCUCACUGUGAUUCUGUUCGUCCUCCUUAUUUCACCAAUCACAAUCCCUGUGAUCCUGUCGUUAACACCGGAAAAAGCUCAACAUCUCAUGGAAGAUGGUCUCCUGUCUGAACCAUUGACAGGAGAGGCGAGCACUUCACAACAAAAGGAGGAUCAACCAGAGGUCAUUUUAAGUGAGGUAGAAGAGGAGAAGUCUAAGGAAACUGAUUCAUUACCACCAUCUGAAAGGAGGAAGAGGAUUGCAGAAUUGCAGGCCAAGCUUGUGGAAGCAGCAGCAAGAGGUGGGGUUAGAAUCAAAAGAAGGCCACACCGAGGGGACAACUUCACCCUGAUGCAGGCAUUUGUGAAGGCUGAUUUUUGGCUUAUUUGGCUAUCACUUUUGCUUGGGUCGGGAUCAGGGCUGACAGUGAUGGACAACCUGGGUCAGAUGAGCCAGGCUAUUGGUUACAAAAACGCACAUAUCUUUGUGUCACUGAUGAGCAUAUGGAACUUCCUUGGUCGUGUUGGAGGUGGCUACUUCUCUGAGAUCAUUGUCAGGGAGCAUAAAUACCCAAGGCACAUAGCAUUGACAGUUUGUCAGAUCGUGAUGGCUGUUGGGCAUGUACUAUUUGCUAUGGCUUGGCCUGGAACUAUGUACAUUGCGAGCUUGCUGGUUGGACUUGGAUAUGGAGCUCACUGGGCUAUUGUGCCAGCUGCUGUCUCUGAGCUUUUUGGUGUACAACACUUUGGUGCGAUGUACAAUUUUCUCAUACUAGCAAACCCUGCAGGAUCGUUCAUCUUCUCAGAGCUAAUUGUCAGUAACUUCUAUGAACAUGAAGCUGAGAAACAAGCUCACCAACAUCAGAUGUCAGCAUUGCUGUCUCCACGAUUGCUUCGCAACACGGGCUUUCUUGCCGAUGGACCACUGAAGUGUGAAGGGCCUGCUUGCUUCUUUUUCAGCUCUCUGAUUAUGUCAGUGUUCUGUGCUGUUGCUGCUGGCUUGAGCCUCCUCGUUGUCCACAGGACCAAACAAGUUUAUCCUCGCCUCUAUAGUUCUGUCCGGACUUGAGAACCACCAAUUCUCCAUGGAUGGAAAGUUCAAAUCCUCCUAUUCUAUGUCCAUGUUUUUUUUGCAUGCAUAUACACAAAGAUAAGUUUAUGGAUAAAUUCUCAAAAAAAAUUCUGUGCUUGUAUUGUAAAACCAGAUAUUCCUGAAUGGCAUGUCCCUUGCCUAUGGAUUCUGACACUUGCUGUCCUGAAAAGUGAAAAGAAACUCUUCUUC